CUUUGGAAGAACACCUCCAAGAAGGUCGUCUUUAUCAAUGGCGAAGAUUUCGUCGACAAUCCCUUGAGGACAAUGUGGCUGGCUCUUUUGCUGAGCUACAUAGACGACCUUCCAGCCGAGCUUUCGUGCCGGGGGUGGACCUUGAAAGUAUUAGAAUCUUGGAUCCUGUCGAGAUCGUCAGAGCAGCUUUACUUUCUGGUGGACGAGGCCAACGCGUUUGACACCACGCUGGGUGUGAAAACUGGGGGCUGCCAGCGCGGAAAGAAGGGACGAGGCUUACCAUUCUAUGAUGACGAUGCAACUGCAGGACGUCGUUGUCUACUGCUCGUCCGUCGGACCUCUGUGGAGGAGCAGAGUAGUGAGCGACAAAAGCCCUCCGUACAUGUUAGUCACAGGUGGUUACAGCGCUGAGGAACUGCAGGCAUAUUGCGAACACGAGGUUCGUCGUGCCGGGGGGCUCCAAGCGGAGGAGGAUCCGAUUGUGGCGUAUUGCAGGCUUGCCACAAGGCAAGGCCACCGAGAGUUGAAUGCGAAACGCAUUAAGGUUGAUGGAUCUGAGGAGGAGCUGAAUUUGUCCGACAUGGAGCUCUGCUCGGAAUUUAAAAGUGAGACUGGCUGGGUUCCCGGGCUUGUCGCUCAUUACGGGACCUGGAAGCUACGGACCACGUACCACAUGUACGAAGCUGGCCUGCGAGAGUAUAUCCAAGAGGCGGUCAAGGACCGAUAUCGCUGGAAUUGCUUCAUCGCUGUGGUCGGCGGAGUGGACACGAUUACAACGGUGUUGCCAGACGCGCUAGACACUCGAUGCUUCUACGUGGAUGCAGAGACAGAAAUAGGAAAAUGUCUAUCAGAUUCUCUGCGUGCGCGCACUAUGGUGCUCAUCACCGAGACUCUGCGGUACGCGUCCGACUUUGAGGCUAGGAUGGGUAUCGGCCAAUGGACAAGGCUGAUCCGGCACGACGACAACGUUGGGUGGAACGCAGAAAUGGCAACUCUCAUUUUCAUCAAACACUAUGGUAUCGUUAUUGACACGGAAGGUCUGCAGCUUAACUUCAAACCUGAAGUGGUUGUCAGAUUCGAAGGUGAUUUCUCUCCCCAAUUUCUGAUCGCAGACAAUGUUUCUCGUUUCUUCCCACCUGUGAAGUUCAACCACACGGGAGUUGAUUGCCUUGGAGAAAACCAGAAGCACGUUUUGUGGGUGCAAAUAGCGACUGGGGUGGAUGUGGUAUUGAAGCAUGGAAAUACGCUCUCGCGAUUUUUGGAGAUGACAAAAGGUGACGCGCGAGAGAAGGUUCUUAUUUGGAUCUUGGCAGUGGACAGUGCUGAUAAGAUAUGGAUACGCAAUGGCGUGGGUUACAAGGAGGUGUUCAUUUGUUUUGGCCGUUUGAGUGAACUGCUGGAAGUCAUCGACGUUGCAUGCUGCAGGCUGCAUCUCGAGAGUAGCAAGAACGUCAAGGUGGCAAGCAACCCUGAAGAAGCUAAAGCUGAGGUGGAGGAGUUGAGAAAGCUUGGUCGGUGCGGUUCCUUGAGCACGGGAAGUGGAAAUCCGUGUCGGCGUUUUCGUGGUGACGAGCCAUAUUGCCAUCACCACGAUAAGCGUCCUUGAAUAGUCUUCAGUGUUUCAGCCUUGGAUGUUUACAUUUAACCAUCACAUUUUGGAAAUUUUGGGAAUUGUUGGUUUUUCUA